UUAACAUGGUAUAGCCCUCGCAGUGGUUUGUGCCGCCGCGGACUAAUUUUCGCAUACUCCACAUGGAGAAGAGUGUAUUCAGUUGAUUCAAGGGAAGCCGUGUUGGACCAAGUGUGUGCACAGAUGCUUUUGUUGUAUCGUGUGUUCUUGGCGUUAUUGGGAAAUCUCCUCGAAAUCUAAUGACUUUUUACGCACUUCACUUCAAAGGUUGACUCGAAUAUAUUUGAGGGAGAACGGUGCGAUCAAACGAACUGCAAGCGGAUUUGAAAGCCCCCACUAACACGAGGAUCAUGGUGAGAGACUUGAUUGGCAACCGAAACUUUUCUCUCCGUGUAAAUGUAUUGCGAGGAUGCUGUUUAGCUAAUGAAUGUAGCCGUUGCCUCCCAGUUUCAAUCGAAAGUAGAGCUAUUUCCCGGAAAAAGGUAGAAAAGUAGCCUUUUCCACGUGGAGGACAGGAACUUGAACGUGGAUUGACUCGGGGGGGAAAAAACAUUUGUGCACUGUAAUAAGCACUGUGCUUCGUUUCAUCUAUCAGAUUCAUUGGAACCACAGGUGAAAAAAUGCGUUUUGCGAGCUCAUUGUUAUGUUGUAAACUUGAAGAAUCCCGGGAAAAUACGACUCUGCUUCGUUUGUGGUUUUUCUUUGCCAUCCUUGUUUCAGAUUCAGCCUGUCCUGACAAAUGCGUCUGUUUCACAUCGACGGUAAAAUGUGUGAACCAGGGCUUAUUCAUGGUUCCGCAACCAUUGCCAGCAAACACUAAAACCCUGUUUAUUACUGGGAACAAUAUUUCUCAUCUCACAGCUGGGUCUUUCCCUGUGCCUCUUGAGCAGUUAACAGACUUGUAUCUCACGGGAAACCAGGUGGAGCUGGUGGGCCACAAUGUAUUAAACAACUUGCCAAAUCUCAGACUGCUAGACUUGAGUAACAACAGGAUUCUGAAUUUUAGUGCUCAAGCCUUCCCUGAUUACAACAAACUGCUGGAUCUUAACCUCAGCAGGGCUUUUUACAACCAUUCUUUCAUGGAUGAGCUCUUCAGCCUGCUACGGAGUGGCGGAGCCUUUCAACUUACCCGCUUAGACCUGUCUAACAAUGACCUGGUUGUCCUCCCUGAGGGCAUGUUCUCCCGCCUCCCCAACCUCACCAUCCUCAACCUACAAAACAACUCCCUCAUUUUCAUCCGGAACGGGACGCUGAGUGUUCCUCCCCUCCGUGAGCUAGACUUGAGGGACAAUGCCCUGAGGCAACUACCCAACACUACACUGAUGGACUUCAGCCUCAAGCCUGGGCUUCAGGUGCAUCUGGCAGGGAACCCUUGGCUCUGUGACUGCAAUAUCGAGGACCUUGUGGCCUGGCUGAGGAGCUCCGAGCAGGUCGCAGACAAGCAGAAUAUGACCUGUUCUGACCCUGAGGUUCUGCGGCAGUUACCGUUGCUCCAGAUAGAGGACUUGGAGUUGGAGUGUACCUUUUCAGGUGAAAUGAAAAGUGUGCUGGAGACCUCAUAUGUCUUCCUGGGCAUGGUGCUGGCCUUGAUCGGAGUGAUAUUUCUGCUGGUCCUCUACCUCAACAGGAAGGGGAUAAAGCGUUGGAUAUACAAUAUUCGGGACGCGUGCAGGGACCACAUGGAGGGCUACCAUUACAGGUAUGAGAUCAGCUCGGACCCCAGGUUGGCCAACCUCAGUCUCAACUCCGACAUUUAAGAGGACCGCUAUGUGAGCCAGGGCCCCACAGUGACUGAGGCAUUAUGACUUGUCAAGAGCAGGAUAUGCAUGAGCAUCUCUGUAGUUCCGGGGGGCUCCGGCCUGCAACCCCCCCCCCAUAGUACUGUCCAGACUUCUACACCAGUCAUGACUCUUAGUAGCCUCAGUCAUGACGACCCACAAUCUGCCACCACGCAUGCCCCUGCAAUGCAGUGUCUAUUUGUUUUUACACCUUUUCAUGUAGAUCAACGUUCCAUGGACUGAGAAUCAUGACUCAGAUGGGGUUUGUGAGAGGGCUCUAUGUAAUAUAACAUUUUCCCUUCCUUGAGCAAAAGAGGAUGGUAUGUAGAACUCCCAACUAAACAGACUUAUUUUGACUGGUAGUAACUAGGCUAUAUACAUUGGAUAUAUAUCCUUUCUGCUGGUUAUAUUUUAAACACUUUUGUUUCUACUUUCCUCCUACUGCACAGUGUUGCUAUGCUUGUUUAGUUGUAUUUAUUCCUUUUUAAUAUAAUUAUUAAAGCACUUGCUAAUUUCUCUCACUAGUAUUGCACUUGUUAGGUGGACAUUAUCAACAUUUUUCAUGAUGUACAGCUGAAUAAAAUGUCUUGCAUUGCUGUU